UGGUCUUGUCUCUGCUAAAGAAAUUCCAAUAACGGCCGCCAUGUUGGAUGACGUCACGAGAUGGACACUGAUAUCGUGUUUUGACAGCGGUGCUGAUAAGCCAAAGGUGUCAGACGAACCAUGUUCCUGAAUGCUAAUUAGAGGGAUUAUCGGGCUAAACAAUGGGAUUAACUAGGAACUUCGGCCCCUACAGGCUACAUAAAGGUAAAAUGUUCUCAUCAGCGGCAUAUACUGAAAGAUUGCGAUGGAUUGUACAAGUGAAGAUACUGCCGAACCGCCGGAGAAGAGGACUAAAACCCUGAAGAAGCUGAGGAAAGACCGGGGAAAACGAUGUGUUGUUUAUGGAUGCGGCAACACCACAUCAAAUAGUGAAUUCGGAGCGCAUUUGUUUCCUGAUAGAGCUGAUGAUUCUCGGAGAUUUAAAGCUUGGUGCAGGGUCGUUUCCCACUCCCGUUCAGAUUUCGUUUGGACCAAAAAUGCAGUGAUAUGUAGUGAACAUUUUCCCGACGAUAUGACCAACAGUGUGUCCAGGCAAAUGCAGAAAGAAAUGCUGGCGAAGGCAUAUCAGAAAGAUGCCAAGGACAUCAAAGUGAACUGGAGCCUGGCCGACGAUGCGAUCCCGUCCGUUUCACUUCUCCCCAGCAAGCCGAAACACGGGACCCCUGCAGUCACAGAACGUCCGAAAGCUACACGAAGCCCUCUCACCCCAGUUCCUGGUCCUUCAUCAGACAUUUUUACGACCCCCAAAUUGACUGGAAGUCGAAAUGCCGUCGUGAUAAGGGAGAGAAAACGAGACGUGGAGGCUGCUGGUGCUUGGAAGGAAGCCAUGGAUUUCCAAGCUGCUAUCGAAGCUGAUAUCAGUGAUGAUGAAGAUGGUGGUCAGGAAUCUGUGCCUUGUCAGACCAAAAGUCAAUUCACCCAAGUGAAUAGGCGAAUUCGGCGACCAAAGCAUCGUUCGAUGAGGGUGCAGACAAAUUAUGAAAAACCAAAGACCAAGGUGACAGUCUCAAUAGGAACACAAACAGAUGAAAAGGUGUGCAGCAUUUCCAGCAUUGAUGUCAAGCCAAAUGUUUCCUCAUCAGGAACACCAACUGGAACUGACCCUGACCACCUUCCAAACAUAGCCACAGGAAAUUGCCCUCAAGCCAAAUCAGCUUCAAAUGAAAUGGAGGAUGGACCUGGGUCAGAAUCGUCUGAUGAUGAAUCUCUUGAAGAUACGGUUGAUCCCCUUGACAAGAGCUAUGAACCAGCAGAGAGCGACAUCAGCAGCGAGGAGGUCUCUGAUGAAGAAUUCAACUUCAUUGAUAAUGAGAAUGAGAAAGAUGAUCCACACUGUCAGACGAAGUACCUGGUGUUCCACUCGAAAUUGAUGGAACUCUUCAAGAUAUGUCCUGUAUGCUGUUCCCCAGCCAAGAGACACAUCAGGACCCUAGGGACAUAUCUAUCCAUUAAGCAAUGUUGUUCCAAUAAACUAUGUUCUUUUGAAAGAUUUUGGGAGAGCCAACCAUUUAUCAACCGUAUUCCAGCUGGAAACUUGCUGCUCUCCAGUGCCAUCCUCUUCGCCGGUUCAACUGCAGCCAAAACGCUGAAAGUCUUCAGUUAUCUUGGAUGCCAAGCGAUAAAACGGGGCACCUUCUACCAGCACCAGAGGCAAUACCUGUGGCCGGCAGUGAUGACAGUGUGGCGGGAGAACCAGCAGGAAGUGUUGCAGCAAGUGAAAGAUUCCAGGAAGCCAGUUGUUGUUGGAGGGGAUGGUAGAUCAGACAGCCCAGGGCAUUGUGCAAAAUACGGCUCCUACUCUCUCCUGGAGUUGAAUGUCAACCGCAUUUUGGAUGUGCAAUUAGUUCAAUCGAAUGAAGAGGGCGUCAACCAUAGUGUUAACAUGGAGAAGGAAGGGUUGAUUCGAUGUGUUAGAUACCUGGAAACGGAGGAUGUCACUAUUUCAAAAAUAGUGACUGAUCGGCAUGUCCAAAUCAACAAGUGGCUCAGAGAAAAUCUACCGGAUACAGACCAUCGUUUUGACGUCUGGCAUUUGGCCAAGAGUUUGAAGAAGAAGGUUGACAAGGCUUCAAAGGAGAAAAACUGUGGGAUUUUAGAGGAGUGGCGGAGGUCUAUAAUCAAUCACCUUUACUGGUGCGCUGCAACAACUCCAGAUGGGGACCCAAAUAUGAUGCUGGCCAGGUGGUUGUCGUUGGACAACCACAUGCACAACAAACACAAAGGACAUGGAGGGGUAUAUCCGAAGUGCGGCCAUGGUCGAUUAGUUGGGCGGCAGAAGGGCACGAAGUGGCUUGAACAAGGAUCGGCAGCAUCAGUGAAAGCUGGCAACAUUAUUGACAAUGCCUACUUCAAACCGGCUGUGAAGAAAAUGUCUCCUGGCGAACAGACGUCAAGUAUUGAGGCAUAUCACAGUCUCAUCCUCCAUUUUGCCCCCAAAAUGACAGCAAUCAGCUUCAAAGGGAUGCUAUGCAGGCUUCUCCUGUCAGCGCUACAUUAUAAUGAAAAUGGUGACAGGGAGCAGGCAACGACUGAGGACGGGAAACUAAGAUGGUCAGUAACCUUCAUCAAAUCCAAGAAAGGUGGUUACUCAGUGAGACCAAUCAAGGACGAUUCUAGUCAUGGUAAGCAUCAAAAAUACUACAUUAUUUUCAAUCCACAUGACUCUUUCUGGGCAGAUAUCAAGCAGUCAAGCUGCCCAUAA